AUGACAGUCCCAGAAAGCAGCGAGGUUCAGGACCUAGCGAACCGGCUCACAGACGUCGUAAUCACAAACAAUGAGGCGGGCACCACGACACCCACUCAGGAGGUCGCCAACGCUGAGGAGGAUGAACUGUCGAAAAGCAGUACGCCAACCUCGAAUUUGUCCCAGCUAGAGCAAUUGGCAAAUACCAACGUACUGACUCUGCGAGUGAAGUGGAGCGACAAUUUGGUGAUGGACUACAAGAAGACUGAGCUUCUGAACAAACUCCACGAGCUUAUUCAUUCGAGGCGAGGAUUUGCCGUUAACCCAUCUGUGAUCGAAAAUUACGAACAUCUUUCAGACAAAGGCAGGCUUGCCGUCAUGGAGGAAAAUCAGGGUGUCUACAUUUAUGAGUCGGGCACAGAAGAGUUUGCCAAGUCUUACGAAGACGAUGAAGACGCGAACUGGUUUUACGACUUUGUCAUUCAAUCUCAAUUCAAGUCUUGGCAGGAUUUGGAGGUUGUCCGUGACAACGCCAUCGAGUUACUGGAAGAGAGUGGAUCGGUUAUGAAGUGGUCCGUUAGUGUUAACCCACACGCAUUGACCCACCCAGGAAACUUGUACAUAAGAGGGAUACCAAAGGACCUGACUGUUGACGAUUUGGUCCCUGUAUUUGCGAAAUUUGGGCCCGUAAUCUCCAUGAAGCUAAUUUGUGACUCCAACACUGGGGAGUCACUUGGUUAUGGUUUCCUUUCUUACCCUCUGGGCUCCCAAGCUUCUCUUUGCAUUAAAGAGUUAAAUGGCAACAUGAUGAAUGGGUCUCCUCUGUUUAUCAACUACCAUGUAGAGAGGAAAGAGAGAGAGCGAAUCCACUGGGACCAUAUAAAAGAAGAUAAUGAUGAUGAAAGAUUUAGAGGAGUGUUCAUUGGUAACUUGCCUACAAAUGAUUCUGACGGUAAGCUAAUUACACCCGAAGAUGUCAUUUCUAAAUUCAAGGGCAUAUUGAAUGCGGAUAAGGAUGAUUUGGAUAUAAUUUCUUAUUAUUUUCCGAAACGUAAUAGCAAGAGUGACAUUGAAUAUAAGGAUGAAGAUGAUGAAAGAGAUAACAUCGAGACUUGUGAAUCUCAGCACGAAGAAUCGCCUUUGAAAGGCUAUGGGUUUAUCAAGUUCGCUUCUCAUGAUCAAGCACUCAAGGCUAUCGACAAGUUUAAUGAUAUGGAAUGGCUGGAAAAUAAACUGGUAGUUAACAAGGCUGUACAGACAAAGCCGCAUCAUCACCAUCACUAUCAUGGUCACAAUCGUCGCCAGAGUGACCGCUCUCUGUCCUCUAGGCAAUCUAGUCUCACUAAUAUUCCCUUCUAUACCCCCUACGGUGCACCACAGGGCGGAUUUGGAUAUUUCCCAGCACCUAGCAAUGGCGGCUAUGGGAUGACUAUUCCAGCGAGUGGGGAAGCUGUACCAAGUGAGUUGGGAAAUGAUCACUCUCCGGUAUCAUCACCUUCGCCUCGCCACUCCUAUUUGCCAACACCUCAAUUGCCUGUUUAUGGGGGUCCUCCAUCGCUGAGUCACACUCCGGAAAGCACUUCAGCACCAUCUUCUCGAAACGGUUCAAUAUUUAAUGUGCAACAACAAGGGGGAAUGGUCACACCAACUCCUUUUUUGCUUCCGAUACCAACAAAAGAUCAGCAAGAAUCUAAUUUGUACGUGAAGCACUUACCCCUAUCAUGGCGAGAUGACGACCUUUAUCAUUUCUACGAGAAGUUUGGCGAAAUUAUAAGUGCCAAAAUCAUCACAGUAGGUGGAAGUAAAAAUGAGGAAGCUUCCUCCCAAAAAUCUAAAAAGCAAGAUGAAUUGCCCAUGGGCACUUCUAAGGGUUACGGUUUUGUUUGUUUUAAAAACCCACUUGAUGCAUCGCGCGCAAUGAUGAUUACAGAUAGGUAUCAGGUCGAUGAAAAUCACACGUUGUACGUGUCAUUUGCCCAAAAGAGAGCCAAAUCCAUCAGCAAUGGUGAUUCCAUGUCACCCAUGGUCAAUUCUAGACCAACGUCGAGAAAAAACUCUUACCACGGCUACAAUGGCGGUCAAGAUAUGCUUGGAAAUUAUAAUCCAAAAUUUUUGAAUGCUAUGUUUCAGCAACAAGGUGGUAGGAAAUCAUUUUCAAGACCCCGUGGAAGCUGGCCUCUAACUAUGGGCGUUCCGAUAGCACCACCGCACGCAGUUCAGUUUGUGCCACCGUUUGUUGCUCCUGCUCAAUUCCAGGCGAUGCAAGACUCUCCGAUUGAUGAAGGAGAUCAUUCAGGUGGGCCUUUGGAUGCUUCAGUCGGUAAAGAAAAACAAUUUACGAAUUAA